GUAUAAAUAUUAUUAUACUAAAAUGAGUAAAUUAAAUCUUAGAAUAAAUAGUCGUAUUAAUGGAUAGGUUUAUAAAUUUUGGAGUUAACAAUUCAAUGUUUUUAUAACUGAGUACCUGAAAAGUCGAGAAACCGAUUAAACUUUGUAUAAAAGUCUUAAAUAAAUAUGAAGAAUUUAAUCACACUGUAAUAUAAAACAAAAUAUAUAAGAACCUUCAUAUACUUUCAAAUAACAGGUUUAAAAAAAAAAAAAAAAAAAAAAAAAAAAGGAAACAAACAAAAUAACAGCUGGAGAAAAAUUUCCACCUGUCAUUCAACUGGAUCAAAAGUAAAAUUUAUGUAACUAUAAGUAUUUUUAUAGAUAAAAUACCAUUGGCUGAUUUAAUUAAUUAGUGGUGCAAUAAUGGUGCAUUGUAAUUAAAAAUAAUAAAUAACAUUCAAUCGUAAAAAUGGCGUCUUCUGAAAUUGAUGAUUUUUUAUCUGGACCAUUGGUUACCUGGUUCGGUAGCUGUCUAGAGGAUCCUGAUGCUCUUGCCAACUACUAUGACUUGGUUGACGGUAUGCUUCUCCACAAUGUAUUUUUACAAAUUGACCCAGAGCCGCUUCACGACGGCGUAAUACCGAGUUACAGUAACCCGUCAGUGCGUAUAAAAAAUUUAGAAAUGAUAAUCAGUAACAUUCGUAAAUUUUACGAGGAAGAUCUGGGUUAUUUGGUGAUAAAACUACCAGAUCCAGUAAAACUUGGCAAAGAACCCGAAUUACAUGUAUCAGAAAUCCACUUACUGCUUCAGUUACUUCUCGGUUGUGCAGUACACUGUCCAAACAAAAAGGAUUUUAUUACAAAAAUUUUUUCACUGCCUGAGAUAGUCCAAUCAGGAAUAGCCGAUUGCAUUAAAAAUGUAACAGAGAUGACAGAGAUAGUGAUAAACCAAGACACGAUGGGCGACCCGUCUGAAGUUUUCAAACUAAUGAAGCAAUUUCUUCAUGAGCGAGACUUUUAUCGGGAAAAAUGCAAGUCAACAAUGUCUGGUGAUUUAUCAGGAGCCGCGGGCUCGCCUAGUCAAGAUGAAUCGGCCAAAAAUCAACAGGCGAACGCUGUCAAGUCUGACCAAGAGAACCAUCACUACGCGGUGGAGCUGGCCGACUGGAAGUCUAAGAUCCGGAAACAAAGACACGAGUUGGAGGAAAAAACAGAAGCUUUGGCUGAGUGCAAGGAAGAGCUCGAGCAUAUGAGAGCUACUGUUGCUAAAUUGAAGCAGGAGAACCAAGAAUUGAUGCACGAAGCACGAGCUGUCAAGACUUAUCGCGAUGAACUCGACGCGAUGAUGCAAAAGGCUGAACGGGUUGACAAAUUGGAGGCUCAGGUCUUGCGCUACCAGGAAAAAAUAUCAGACAUUGAUUUCUACAAAAUUCGGGUUGAGGAGUUGAGAGAGGACAACCGAAUGCUGAUGGAGAACCGCGAGAUGCUUGAAGAUCAGCUUAAUAUUCAGAAAAGACGAGCUGAGAAAGCUUUCGAGCUAGAGUCUGAAAUCAUCAAGUACAAGGCACUGAUUAACGACAUGAAUCUUGAACGCGCUGCUGAGAAGGAAAAAUACCAGGAGUUGCAGGAGGAAAAUAGUCAGCUGCAUAAACUAAAGAAAGCUGCCGAUGACGAAGCUGCUCGUGCUUCUGUUAGCGAGUCUGAGGAAUCUGUGUCGGAUAACAGGUUGUCUGAGCAGCUGACAAGCAAUGCGCAGACCCGAGCGUUGAAAUUAGAGCUGGAAAAUCGUCGACUAACGGCUUUAGUUGACUCGCUGAAGGAAAACUCAUUCCACGAGUCUUCUUCGCGGCUUCUGGAGCUCGAGAAGGAGAAGAAGAAGUUAUCUUUGAAGAUCGACUCGCUCACUGACAACAAUGAACGUUUGUCGCAACAGAAUGCCGAUUUGGAGUCGGUUUGUAAGCAAGCGCUGGAGGAGAACAAGAAAUUGCAAAACACUUUGAAGAAUCAGCGAAUGUCCUUUGAGCGUCAGCAGCAAGACUACCAGACUCAGCACACUAAGAUCGUGGAGAUGGAAAAUAAUUAUGAAACUGUUGUUAAGGAGAAACAACGCGUACAAUCUUUGCUAGAAAGUGUUCAGAGACGUGCUGACGAACUCGAUCGUUCGCUGGAGUCUGCUAAUCAGAAACUGGAUGAGUAUCGCAACGUUGAGAAGAAAUUGAAAGACUCUGAGGUUAAGUGUAAUGACUUGGAAGCCAAAAUACUUGUUUUGGAGAAAGACAAGGAUGCGGCGCUGAGAGACGUUCACAAGUACCGAGAAGCUAUUGAGGAGAAAGACGUUGCCAUUGACAAGUCAACGAAUACUAUCGAAGUGUUGGAGAAGAAAAUCCAGGAGCUUGAUCGAGAGAUUGAUAAUUCUAAUGCUCAGAUUGUAAGAUUGCAGGAAAUUGAGCGCUCGAGUAAAGAACUGGACGCUCGCGCGGCGAUUGACAAGGAAACUCUCGAAACUUUGGAGUCUAAUUUGAUUGCUGAGAAAAUGAAUACCCAACAAAUUCACGCUGCUUUGGACAAACUUGGGCUCACUGUUGAUGUUUUGCUCUCUCUGUCUGCUGAAAACUUUGCCGAGAAGUUAAUUAAUUUGCCGGAGGUGGCUAUCCAUGUUAAUAAAUUAACUAACGAGAGUCUGAAGAACCAUGCAGAUACUCCGGUGGCUAAAGAACGUGAAGACGAGGAAAUGAAACCGCUGAAGGAACAUAUCGAGAUGGUCGAGGCGCUGAAGAAAGACUUGGAGAGCACAGCGAUGAAACUGAUCAUGAGUGAAAGUACUGCUGAGAGUUUGUUAGAAGAACAAGCGAAGCUUCAGGUCUCAGUGACUACCUUAACAUCCAAGAACUCUUCGUUGAACGCUCAAUGCACUGCGCUGCAGUUGGCAAACUCUCAACUGGUUGCGGAGAAGGAGGAGUUGCUCAAAGACAGGGAAAUUCAGCAGAGAACUCACCAGCAGCUUCUCCAUGACCAGGUGACUCUUCAGUCGUUACACGAACAGCUGAAUAACGAGUACGAGAACUUGGUUCAAGAGAGAGAGAAUUUGAAAACAAAUUUGAGGGAUAUCAAGACUAAAGAACGAACUUGGAAGGAAACUUGCGAGAGAUUGGAGUCGAAGAAUAAAAUUCUGAUGGCUGAACAAGAAGCCUCGGCGACUCACAUCAAGAGCUUGAAUAACUUGCGCGGUGAACACUCGAAAUUGAAAGACGACUUCAGGAACUUGUACUCUGCGAUGGAGAAAUUGAAAAUAGACUACCGGAGCUUGCAGGAAGACUAUAAGAAGAAUAAAAUAGAAAGCAACAGAUUGAGCCUGAAGUUGACAGAAUUGCAAGGCGAGCUUAGUAUCAAGGACGAGUCGUACUCUAAUAUGGAGUUACAGAACAGUAAAUUGAACCAGCGAUGCGAGAUGUUGGCUCAAAUGAACUCUGGGCUGGACAACAACCGGCGCUCGCUGAUGGACCAUGUCAGUGUCUUGCUGAAUCAGUACCAAGACUUGCUAACUCACUCGCUUGAAGAUAAGGAACACUAUCAUAUGGAAGAGAAAAUUUACCGCGAUCAAGUUAAUCAUUUGUCGCGACAAAAGGAGAAGUUAGAGGAGAAAAUAAUGGAGUACUAUCGAAACAAGCAGAGUUGCUCGACUAAAAAGAAACGGUUUGGAGCUAACUUGGUCAAAAGAGUGAGGAAAGCCGGCUCGGAGCUUCUACACAAAAAUAGACAGUCCUGGACGGAAGAUUCUAGGCAAGACAGUAAAAUUUACGAGUCAGAGUCGGGAGGAAACGAUUCUGACAUCAGCGUUGAUGAACGUAGAGCGUCUUUGGAUCCAACUGCAUUUGAUAACGAUUCUUUGUCAUUAGGACAUGCUGGUACUCGUAGAACUGUUUAUUAUACUGAUGAUUUCCCGUCCCCUACUUCUUCAUUAACUCAUGAUUCAAAAUUGUCCGAUACCUUGCCAAUACCGUCAGUAACCGACACUGACGGUCCCAGUAAUUUAGACACAUCGAGAACAGAAGCACGUCCAGGUGAAUCAAGACCAUUUUUAAUUUACAAUAAAAUAUCAGCUGUUAUUAACGAACCAAAAAACACAAUCGUUGCCGAAAAUUCAACCCCUAAUGAUGAAAUACCCGAUACAACGAUACCCGUUAACAAAGACGGUACUUCUAAAGUCGGUAAUUCCAUCUGGUAUGAGUACGGAUGCGUUUGAAUACUUUUUAAAAAGAAUACUUUGUAAUGUGUGGACGGUUAUUAUUUUUAAAAAAUAACAAUUGUUAAAAUGUAGUAUCGAAACAAUAAAAGUAUUUGAAAUAUUAUCGAGAAAAAGAAAAAAAUAUUCCAAAAAGUAACAGUACGCAAUUUAAAAUUAAAAAUUGAAUAACUGCUUUAAUAUAAGCUGUUCUUUGUCGGCAGAUUGCGCGGUUUCUUAAACCAUGUGUUACAAAAACUAUUGCAGCAAGUUGGUACGAAUACUUACACACAUUUAUACUUGCUCGUUAAAAUACUAUAUUGUAUAAUCAAAACAGUUAAUGCGUAAUCAAAUACGUAUAUUGAUCAAAUUUUAAUUAUUAUAGUGAUUGACUGAAUAUUUAAAUUGAUGUUACAAAAAUAAGACGGUAUUUAAUUGAAUAAACGCUUAAUAUGACUUGAUGUCUAAUUUUUACAUACUUGAAAUAUAUUUAUAAUAAUGUUAAAGCAUUUAUUGAUGCUAAUUUGUGUGCUUGUGUGUGUGUGUGUUUAUUUUUUUAUAAACAAUUAUCAAUGUUCCAUGUACAGUGAUCAAGCAUAAUUUUUUUGAUAACAUUUUUUUUUGUAUAGAUUUUUUAGUGUUAAGUUUUUUAAAAAUUUUGUUAGUGACAACAAAAAUGUAAUAGAAUAAAAAUAUCCAUUUAUUUUUUAAUAGACAAUAAAAAAAGUGUACUUGCUAAUAAAUAGUUUAAUCAUUGAAUAAACAAUUAGCUACACAGUGAUGAUGAUAAUUAUUGUCCGGCCAGACGAAAGUAUUACUCGUAUUUAAAGACUAAUCAUGUUUAAAUAAAAUAAUAGUUGACUUACUUAAUUUUUUGUAUUUGU